AUGGCUGCCCUCCUGCGCCUCCCUGCCCUUGGUCGAGCGCGGGGCCGGAGGAGAGCGGCGCACCACGUGACCGCGGCCUUAGCAACGGGACGCGCGGCCUGGGCCGCCCCAGACCUGCCGGAGGGUGCCAUGGCCGUCCCCUGCGCCCUGAUCACCAGCUGCGCGGCGGAGUUCCCCGGCGAGGAGCUGGUGAAACGUAUCAUCGGUGCAGAAGUGCUUCCUGCGGAUGUUUCUCCAGGUGGGGGAGCCCAGUUUUACCCCUGGACGAUAGACAAUAAAUACUACUCGGCUUCCGUCCAUCUGUGCGUCGUGCCCAAUCGGUUUCUUGUGACAGGUGCGAUUGCAGAGUCCGUGCAAGCCUUCUUGGUUUAUUUUGACAGCACAACCGUAUCGGGACUGGAUGGUGUCUCUUCGUGGCUCCCCCUCGUGGAAGAGUGGCUGCCGGAAGUGAUGAUCUUGGUCUGCGACAGAGUUUCUGACACCGGGGUCAGCCGGCAGAAGGCGCAAGAGUGGUGCAUCAAGCACAGCUUCGAGUUGGUGGAGCUCAACCCGGAGGAGGUGCCGGACGAGGACGACGACUUUCCAGAAUCCACUGGCGUGAAGCGAAUCGUCCAGGCCUUGAAUGCCAACGUCUGGUCCAAUGUGGUGAUGAAAAAUG